AUGGCGGCCUCUACAGGAUCUCAACCGUCCCAUUUUCUCGAACCCACAGCGAAAACAGCACCGAAUACGCUCGCAAUCAUCAGCCUUUCCAAAGAAAACUUUCAACCCAUCACUCUGCAACAAUCCGACAGUGCUGUGGAUGGCUAUGCAGAGGGCGUGACUCUAAACACCAGGUUCGGCUCGUUCCCGCAUUCCACGUUACUCGAUAUUCCUUGGGGUUCCCAGGUUCGAGCCUCCGUAGUCGAUACAGGAUCCCGGGGUCGCAAACGUCGGCGUGACGAAGUUGAAGACGAAGAGACGCCUACCUCCAACCAAGAUGACGGCAACGAUACUCCGAGCUCGGCACCAGCAAAAAGAGCUGUUGUCGCUUCCAGCGGCUUCAUUUACGUUCUGAGACCAACACCAGAGCUGUGGACAAGCAGUCUACCGCACAGAACACAGGUUGUCUACACACCAGAUUAUAGUUAUGUCCUUCAGCGAAUCCGAGCUCGGCCAGGCAGCAGAAUUAUUGAGGCGGGAGCCGGUAGUGGUAGCUUUACACACGCCUCCGCGCGUGCCGUCUACAAUGGGUAUCCCAAGUCAGAUGCGGAUCUCAGGGGCAAGGUAUUCAGCUUCGAGUUCCACGAACUUCGGUAUGAAAAAAUGCAAGCCGAACUCAAGCAUCACGCCCUAGAUGGUGUUGUCCAAUUGACACACAGGGAUGUAUAUGAUGAAGGAUUUCUCAUUAAUGGCCAGUCUCCCAAGGCCAGCGCCAUUUUUCUAGACCUGCCCGCUCCAUGGGAAGCACUACACCACUUGGCUCGGCGUAAGACGCUCAAGGGAGGCAAGCUCGAUGACAAGCCAGGCGACUGGGAAUCACCGCUGGAUCCGAAUCGGAGCGCAUUUAUUUGUACCUUUUCACCCUGCAUUGAGCAAGUCACACGAACAGUUACGGAGAUGCGAACACUUGGUUGGACAGAUAUUGAUAUGGUUGAGAUUGCAAACCACCGAUUCAACGUCAUGCGGGAUCGGGUCGGAGUUAAUAUUCCCAAUGAGAAAGGCUUCAGCUCACAGCCCGGUGAUGUUGGAGAAGCCGUCAAAAAGCUCAAGAGCGACCUGAAACGGACCCAAGAUUUCCACAAGGGCCAAACAUCCCAACUUGUUUCUGAUGCAUCAGAGUCCAAGAUGGAUGUUGACGGCUCCACCCCUGAGUCCAGCAGCAAAGACUCCAAUAAAAGCGAGGACCCUUUGUGGUUGCAAGGCAGAGUAGUUCACCGCACGGAAAACGACCUGAAAACACACACCUCGUACCUGGUAUUUGCUAUCCUACCCCGCGAGUGGGAUGAAGCCGCAGAAGAAGCAGCCAUGGCCAGGUGGCCAUGCGGAAGUGAAGGCAAGACGAUUGGUAAUCUGGACAAGCAGACUCGGAAGCAAGAAAAGAGAGAAAUGCUCGCUGGCAGGAAGCGAAAGAAGCAAAGCGAUGAUACCCAGACAACCCAAUGA